AUGAGGUUCCUCGCCCUAAUUGCGUCCUGCGUAUACCUCGCAUCUGCCAAGAUCCUUCAAAAUGGUCAAGUACGGAUCACAGACUAUCCAGAUACGACGAUUCCAUCCAUCGCGGGCCACAACAGCUCCUGGAGAACUUAUCCACGGAAUGCCCGCGAGCUGUCAUACAAGGGACGAUGGGACGACAACUAUAUCUCUUGGUGGACUGCUCCGGGCCUGAAGUUCGGAUUUCAGGGAUCUCAAGUUGCGGUCGCUUUCGGGAACAAUACCUCCCCCGAAGUACUCAUCGCAUACCGAGUAGGCGGACUCGAUUGGCAGCUCACAAACGUCUCAGCUGGCACAACACAUCUUCUGGCCGACUCUCAAGCCACCGGGUUCGAUAGUGGCACUACUCAGACCUUCGAAGUUCGAGUGACCAACUGGGACUACGGAGUGCAGAUCCAGAAUGUAUAUGUCGCCAGCGGACGUCUGGUUCAGAUCCCUGAUUUCAGACGUAGAAUCGAGAUUGUGGGUGAUUCUCUCAGUGCUGGACAGUACGCUACUCUGGAAGGCAUCGCAAGCUACUCAUGGGGACUCGCAUACGGACUUGGAAACACUGAAUUCAGUAUCACAGCCUACCCAGGCAUGUGCGCUUACGAUGGGAAUGGCGGAUACUGCUAUGGUGGUGGACCUCGCCAACGCGGUCAAGAGCACCAAUGGUUAAAGGUGUCUGACAAUAGCGAACGCGCAGUGGCCAUGUAUGGGAACAGUAAGAACACCAUCCAUGUCAUGAAGAACGAAGGCUCACUUUCAGACCCGCCAAACUACAAUUUCCGCGCCCACCCUCCAGCCGACAUCACCAUCAUCAAUCUAGGUGCCAACGAUUCCGGGCAAAAUGUCUCGGAUGAGCAAUUCUUCAACGCAUAUACGAAGCUCAUCGACGAGAUUCGUAGACAAUGGCCUCGCACGCAGUUUAUCAUCUUAAACUUGUGGCACUUCACACAGAGUGGCAGCACCUGGAUUACAGACUCGCCGCUCGACAAUGUCAUUCAGAAUGUCGCCCGGCACUACAAUCGAGGCUCUUUGAACGAGAACGGUGGGCAAGGGAUCGUUCACUACUUCAACACGACAGGCAUCCUCGAACACAACGACAUCUCUCCGGCCGGCCACCCAACCGACGUCGCUGAUGUGAAACUUGCGAGCCAUCUCAUGCAGUACAUUAAGCUGGUGUUCGGAUGGGAUUUGGAGCAAGAAGGACCUGAAGUCCAGCACCAGACGACGUACUGGAACGACGAAGUCAACUACUAA